AUGUCAACACUCAACACAGGUCCUAUCUGGUCGUCAUAUUACUUACGGUUCCCGGCUACUUCCGGCAUUGACGAUACAAAUUUGAUACCCGGGGAACCAAUCACAAUGAUGGACUAUGUAUACAACUGGUUAUACCGAGACUUUGAGAUCGAUUUGAAAGGCGCCACCACACCAGCAGAAGCCGCUACACUUCUAACACCAAGUGAACUACACAGCCGUCUUAUACCCCCAGGUUGGGAUGAUACAGAUACAUUGAAGCUUUUGACCUGGUAUAUGACAAAGCGUCAAACACCAGACAUGUACAAACCAUGCUCACAGGUAUCAUCUCUGACCACAGGUAUAGUACCCCCUAUUGGGGUGGACGAUAUGUGGCAACCUUUUUCUUUCUACGAAAGCUAUUGGAAUGAAGGCGUUCUUCAGAAUUUAUUCUUGAACGAUUUCUAUAUUUUUCUGGACUAUCAAGUCGGAUGGUUAUACCGAGACUUUGAGAUCGAUUUGAAAGGCGCCACCACACCAGCAGAAGCAGUAUCUUUGGUUACAGAGAUUCAUCCCACAGUUGACAUUGGAACUAUCAGCAACUCUGACAAGUUGAAUUUUUUUCACUGGUAUUUGGGCAGGAAUGACAAGGUUUACGCCCCAUGCGAACCCGAACCAUUUCCUAGACCCCCUACAUUGAUUUCUAGAUCCGGUGAAGGAGAAGCUGACAUUUAUAUAAAAGACACUACUUACCAAAAUGGCAUUCCCAUUGUCACCGACAGGAAAGAAUGCAACGAAUGUUUUCACAAAUCAAUGUUAUAUGAAUAUAAAGAUACAAUCCUCAUUCGAUUUUGGGGAGCUCCGACAUCGGUUAAGAUUCGCGCUGAAUUCAUAACUAACCGCGAGUACCAAAUCGUGGAAGGAACAAAGUUUGGACAAUUUCAAACAUUUAAUAAAGGACACAAUCGCGCCAAACACGCCAGUGCGAGACACGCCGUCCGAAGAGACCCCGGUUUGGCUUCAGCCACAAAACUGAAAAGGAAGAAACCAUACAUCCCAGGUCAUUAG